AUGACGACCACUACCGUAGAAGCUCCGAGCCUUUCAUAUAUUCAAGUCCCCGAGACAUCAGAGUCUCUGGACUGGGCUGACCUAGUGACUCUCGACCUGUCGAAAUUUGAUCAACCCGGGGGGAAGCAUGAUCUCGCCACCGAGUUCAUCCAAGCCAUCGAAGACGUCGGAUUCUUCUAUGUUAAGAACCACGGCCUGAGUCGAGAGGACGUUGACAAUCAAUUCGCAAUCGCCAGUUCGACACUCGCCCUUUCAAACGAAGAGAAGUCCCCUUACCGGGCAGCUCUCGAACAAGGUGGCUACAAUGGAUGGAAACCAGCGGGGACGCGCAACCUGAUCCCCGGCGUCAAGGACAAUUUCGAGAUCUAUAACAUUCCCAAGUUUAUCCCGGAGCAUGCCGAUCGGGCGCACCCGGACGUGAUCCGGCAGCAGUUGCCUACAAUCGAGAGGUUUUCCAGGCAUAUUCACGACGAGAUCGUGACCAAGCUGCUGAAGACCAGUGGCGACCAUCUCCGGUACAUGAAAUAUUAUGCGCGCAGUGAGGAGGAGAACCUGAAACUGGGAGGGGUUUGGUUGAAAGGACAUUCAGACAUGGGCAGCUUGACUCUGCUCUUCCGCCAGCCCGUGGCCGCUCUCCAGGUGCUCAGCAAAGACGGAACGUGGCGGUACGUUCGACCGCAGAUGGACGCCCUGACGGUGAAUCUCGCAGAUGCACUCCAUUUCCUAACCGGCGGGUACCUGAAAUCCAGCAUUCACCGGGUCGUCGCACCCCCGAAAGACCAAGCACAUAUUGACCGAUUAGGCGUGUUGUACAUGGUGCGCAUUGAGGAUGACUCGCAUCUGGUCCCUAUCAAAGAGUCGCCAGUUCUGUGCCACCACGGGCUGAUUGGCGACGGCGUGGUUGACGGUGAUGGGAAUCCUAUCAAGGCUGGGGAAUGGGUUAAGCAGCGAGUGAUCAAAAAUCUGAGCACCACAGCCGCAGACGACGGGGAUAAUGAAGUGAAUCAGGUGGAAAUCGUCAAGGGAGUCAGUGUGCAGUACUUCGAUUAA